AUGUUGAUGAACCGACCCCUUGAGCUUGCCAUCCUAGCCAGCCCGUGCAGUCUAUCCCUUUCCCUUCUUUUUGUGUUGGAGUCAUUCAAUCACGUUAGGGUCUCGGACUACGGAGGUCGUGUGUGUCAUUGGAACCAGGAAGGUCCUGCAUUUGGCCAAAAUUUUCAGGUCUUGUCUUUCUCUCUCUUCCAAAUCUCUCUGGGUAGCCUGCCACAUGUAGCAGCUAGCAGAGCAACAGUGGCAUCAGCCAAGGAGGAAACAACACAAAAUGGAGGAGAAGGGGCUGCUAGCCUGAAAGCAAAGAGAUUCCAGAUUUCCGAGGAAGGGCCACCACCAACGAAUGAGAGCAAUCGAGGACAGACCUGGCGUGGAGAUCCCGCCGAAACAUUCAGUGACUGGAAGAUUGUUGUCAUCAGUAAGACACCAGACGAAGAAGAGACUCCACAAGCUACCUACCAGGUUCCCUACCAUGUUCACAAGUUCCUGCUAACCUGUGGUCGUCGGAACAGCAAGUAUUUUGCCAAGCUCUUCCAAAACAGUUCCAGCUUUCAGGAAGGGAAGUCAUGCACCACCGAGCUGGAGCUAGACUCUUUGGCAGCAACUGCAUUUCCUGCUCUCUUGGAUUAUCUCUAUGAACACGACAAGCCACUCCAGGUUGAGACAAAGACUGCCACAGCAUUGCACUACCUUGGAGAAUACUUGGACAUCCACCACCUAAGAUGGGAUGCAUUGCAGUUCUGCAAGAAGAAUAUUUCAUUAGACAAUGCUGACAUCUACUAUAAGCAUGCCAUGCUGUUCCAAAAUGAAACCAUCCUUGGUAUCCUAGCCAAGUUCUUGGGAGAAAACAGCUUGAAGAUUGAUGAAUCUGCUCACAUUUUGCAAAUCUCAAGCCCGGAUUUGUGGAUCAAUGCAUUGGAGCACAGCCCCCAGUCUCCAGAGACUAUCAUGCACAUCAGCAAGCUCAUGGCCAAGUUUGCUCAGCACAAUCCUUGUGCCUUGGAUCUGGAAACGUUCCAGGCCCUAAGUUGCCUUGAAAUCACCCCUCAGAUUGAUGCCCAUCCUGCUCUUACAUUGUGUUCACUGGAUGACAAGGCUGCCAAGGAUUCCGCAGAGGAACUAUCCCAGCUUCAGGAGCGAUGCUCUGAUUCCCUGGCACAGAACUGGGAGUCCUUGGUGUCACCAGAUGAUGCUAUGGCCCUGCUAUUGAAGGACCGGAAAGCUGCCUUUUUGGUGGAUCUCUUGUUGAAAUCGUUGAGGGAUGCCCAAUCAAAGCUUUCAUCCACAAAACUAGAGUUGGAAAACACCAAGGAAACCCUGGCAUCAACGGAAUGUGAUCUCUCAUCAACAAGGUCUAAACUGAGUGCCAGAACGCGUGACCUGGGCUUGGUCAAUGCGGAGCUCGAGAAAUUCAAACCACUUGAGAGCCGACAGGUACAGUGGGGAGACGUGGCUGCAGUGCCCGACUCACUCAGCCUUCUGAACGGGAGCUUGGCAAGCCAAAAGACGCAACAAUUUUCUGUCAGGAACGGCUUUGGCGAGCGAAAAUGCAGGUAUGCGUUUUACCACGAGGGAUGA